GACCGGUCGGAGCUCGACGGCGAUUCGUCCCGGAGCCGCGGAGUCGACCGCGAUAACGGGUCAACGAGACUUGUCGCGAUGCGUAUCGAUCGCCGGCGUCGGUUUGUGCCUUUUCCUUUCUCGUUCUCCGUAUACGUUGUACAAAUAAUCGGCGACUAGUCCUUUCGCGUCUCUCCGAUGUAUCCGAUCGAGUACACCACGUUUCUGUGUACCGGAUAGAUCCUUGCGUGUGCAGGGAGACUUGAUUCGUUUAUCUCGUCGCGUUGGGAGAUUCAUGUCCAGUUAUAUGCAUGCAGAAUGGACCUGGCGGAAACUAUGAAGAACAUUGUUGCCAAAGGUAUGCAAACCGAAAUGGGUCCGCCGGGCGGAGGAUCAGGCUACUCUGCGUCACCGAGCGGCGCCGGCUACGUCACGGAGAAGAUGUACAUGUUGUUACAAGCGUAUUUACAAAAUAAAGGAUGGAAUCCCGGUAUCGAGCUACUGCAGUGCUUCUCGGAAUUCAAGGAUGCGUCCAUGAUGCCAAGCGCCGCUUAUUUACAGAUGAUGGCGUCGAGAGUCGCACUGGAUUCGCAGGGCAGGCUAGUCCUACGAGAGAACGGCAAGAUAAUACUACCCUACGAACACUUCGCCAACGCCGUCAUGUUGAAGCACAUGAAUGGACCGCACGGCUUACACCUGGGCCUGGAGGGUACGGUCAGAGCGGUCAUGGAGUCCUACACCAUCGGCAGAGAGUGCUUUGGGAUGGAGAAGGAAUUUAUCAUAGAGGUCGUGCAAAACUGCCCCAAUCCCGCUUGUCGCUAUUACAAAAAUCAGCUGGAGCUCACUCAGAAGAUGGGCCACAUGGCGCCGACUUACAUCCAAGAUAACGAGGCGACCGCGUCCCUUCUGCGCACCGGUUUCCCACAUAGCGCAGAUUUCCAGGCAAGCCUAAGCAGCGCUAAUCCGAACACACACCUGGGAGGAGGAUCCACUGCGGAUUUAUCGGAGAUGAGGGGUGCUGGCAACCAAUUGAAUCUUCAACGUCCUCCAAGCCGUCCGUCAUUAAAUAUUCCGCAUCGGCCUGUGUCGCAAGAGAAAAAAGUGCCAUCCGGCAAGCAGCAUUACGAAUCUCUAAUACCAAAUAUACCGAUCUCCGAUCACAAGUUGACGGACUUUUUACGCACCAAUCUGGACAACUUGGACAAUCUCGCUUCUCUUGGUUUAGGAAACUUACAAGGAUUAGGGAACGCCAACAAGGACCUGUUGGCGCUGCACAACGGCGCAUGGCCUUUAGAAGGUGAAAAGGGAUCCCGGUCAUCAUCUUCAAAUUCGGAAGGUGGUCAAGAGAAGAUUGUGCGCGCUUUUGCGGAAGUGAUGAAGAACAUGGCGAGAAUGAAAGCUUGCGUACGGCCGGCGAUGUGCAAGCCAUACGGCAAACAGUCCGAGGCCCUGCAAAAAACAUUGGUCGAUACAAUACAGCUUGUACAAUCGUUGAGAAGCUUCUUGCCGCCUCCGCACAUACCAGUCUCGAGCUGGAAAAACGAAGAUAAACACCGAUUAGAUCACACUGGUACCCCUUACCUGUCAACGUUAAAAGCUGGCGCAAUGGAGGAAUUAUGCGAGCAGCGUAAGCUAGACUAACCGUCGUGUUCGCUUUACUCGCGACAGACCAAGUUUCGUCUUUUUGCGCUCUAUGAUGUUCUAGUCACAAGAUGUUUAUUGAUUAGCUGGGUGUUUCGUAUCUAAACAACCCGAUGGAUUGCUCAAAAAAGUUGUUGGCGUUUAGGACUUCAAAUACUAAGAGACAAAAUGAGUCAUGCGUGGACUGUGAUAAACGUGGGUAGCGUGAAACAAAAAGAUUUAUAUGUAGGGCUAAACUCACACCGCGUCAUCUUAGGGAUUCUUACUAGCUUUAUUUCAUCGCCGUAAUUUGAUUUCACAUUGUCAUUGCUCUCGAGCUGCCUAUGGUGCUUAUUCGACAAAUAAUCUAUCGAUUGAUCCUGCGAUUAUAUACCGAAAACUCAACGACCGAGUUGCAAUUACGUAAAUGAAAUAAUAUUCGGUAUGAAUAGCAUUUAUAUUUACCGUAUCGAUUUAAUAAUUUGCCGUUUGUGUUCCAAUGAUUACUACCUGAUUAAUAUCAUAUAAGGUUUUCUUUUAUAUGUAUAAAACUGUUAGGUAGGCGUGUAAAACUUAAGUCGAAAUGAGAAGCAAAGACUAAAUUGAUCUGGUACAAAAGCUCUUGCUACUAAUCGAUUGCUACUUCAGCAUUCGCGGCAUAGCUGCAUAAAGGAAGAGUUGACAAUUUUCUCUAUUAUUGGACUCGUUAUUUUGUUUUUAACUUGUUUGUUGAAUAUAGUAUAUUCUUUCUUAGAACUGUGAAUUAAUAUGAAUCGAGUUAUUCAAUUAGCAAAGUAAUUACUGUGUUCAACUUAUGUACACAAUUUUGCAUGUAUACACGUAUACAUAUUUCCUUUAAAAAGCUUUAUAUAUGCGUUAUUAUUUACUUUUAAGGAUGAGAUGAACAUAUAUAAUUGUUAUUUCUACUGCUGUUCGUUAAACAAGCAUACGUUGAAAGAUUUGUAUAUGUUAGAAGAUUUCUAAUAAGCUCCAUGGGCAGUGUAUGCGGUGUGCACGUAAAAAAAAAUCAUUGGUCAAUUCAUAUAGGUAUUUUUUAAAAAUCAAAUUAUUUCUUAAUAUAUACGUAGAAAAGAAAAAAAGAACGAAAUUGUUACGAGGAACUCUUAUAAGGGGGUGUGGUUCGCACUGGGACGCUCAAAGACUUCAUCGUGCACUAAGUAUUAUUACGCAGAAACGUUUUUACUCUUGCGAGAGAAACUGUAAAUUAAGAGGAAAUUGCGUUUGUGGUUUCGAUCGAACGCUUCCUCGGGCAAACGGCAUAUCGUAUCGGUUGCAGGAGUAAAACCGUUUCCUACUCGGUUGUUAUAUGCGCAUAUAAGCGGUAUGAUAAAGUGUUUCCUUCUUUCUCGAUAAAGUUACAAGGCGUUCGUCUUUGGAUGUAAGCGAUAAAUGCCGUGUACGUCGCGAAUGCAAGAUCGCGCGCGACACUCGAAUGCGUGGGGCUCUGUUUUGUGGGCUGUGUGUAUGUGUCGGCAAGAAUGCGAAGUUUUGGCUAUCAAAUAGCAAAAUUUUAUAUGAAUGCGCGUAUAUUGAAGAUGUCUUUCUAUACAUGUAUCUGUUAUUAUUUACUACACAUAUGCAGCGAAUGUGCCGAUCGAUUACCAUUUAGGAGUCGGAUCCAUGAUUCGAAAGACGUGCGAAUUGUUACUUUCUUUUGUUCUGUUCUCUUCCUUUUUACUCCCGACUGCUGCCAACCGAAGGUUGGAGAGGGAGUACGCGUUUCACUGAAGCGACUUCGUUGUUAUCGAUAUUCUCAAUAACCAAUAUCUUUUGAUGUCAACUUUUUUUCGAUACAUGUGUUAUUGCUCUCUUUAAUAUAGUUUCUUUUCUUUCGUUCUGUAUUGUUUUCCUCUAUUCUGUAAUACAAAUAAUUGGAGAAAAUAUCACUUUUGAUCGAACUGGAUCUUAGUAGUUUAAUAUUUUUCCAUCAAUUUUCCAUACUUUUUUUAACUCGGUAAACUACGCGUCAAUUAUUUGUAGGCUCUAAAGCAGUUUUUUUGUUGAAAUAAAUCCAUAUACUUUCAAAUCGACAAUCGAUCUACUUUUUCAUGUUAUUAAGCAUCAUAUGUAUGUUCCGUUCGGUAUUCUAUUGUGUUCGAAUUGUGGGAAACAUGCGGAAAUCCGAUGACGAUUAACAAGGCUGGAGAAUAAUUUUCGACAGUGAUUCUUUAUUUGUUUUUCACGGCUAUUAUAGCCGUUUAAAUGAAUGCAGAUCCGGCUUCUAUAGACUGCGUUUUUGUUGACAUACAUAUAUAAUAUAUAUAUAUAUUGACAAGAAGGCUGCUGCAAUAUGGUUCAUAAUUCGACGAUAACUUGUUGCACACCAAAGUGUAUUUCCAAUAACUAGGUGGACUUAUUUCUUAUAAUAUUACGUAUAAUUAUCAAAAAUGCAAACGCAAUGUCGUUUGUAUCUCGAUUGGUCGGUCCGUGUGAUCAACGCAAUUAAGCAUAUCCAUGACUAAGUCGUUGCAACUUAUGCCAAAUAGAGAAAAGGGAGCGCGGAAACAGAGUCUGGCGGGGAAAGGAGUUGACCAAAUGUACCAAAGUAGAAUUUCGAAACACGUUAGGGGCUACGUCCGAGAUAAAUCUUACCCUAUCGAUUUGAAUACCACAGCACAAUUGUUCGGAAUAUGUUGAGGAGUUUGUGCGUUUAUGUUUGUUUAAGGCAAAAGUUGCAGCACUGCUUUAAGCUUCUUCAUCCUCCGCUUGACAUUCGUUGUAUUUCGUUAACGACGGCAUCGCCGUAUAUUUAUGUGUUAUAGAUUAAAAUUAUCGUUAAAGUUUAAAACGUUCGUUUUUCCAUUAUUCGUUUUGCGAUUUUAUUACCGCAGUUGCUGCAACUGACGCCACAAUGUGCAUUAGUUUAAUAUUCUCCUUUGUAUACCGUCCGUUGAUUUCUAGUUUAGAUAAUUAGAUAAGAUUUGAUUCUAGAGGGACGUUCUCUCGAGCGGGAUCGAGCACACCAGGAAAGGGGGGGGGGCAGAAAAAGGGCAGAUUUCGUUUCCGGAUCUCGUUACUCUCGCGCCAUAUCUAUACCAUAGAGACCGUGUACAUGUUUCCGCACCGAAUUCGACAGUAAGAUGAUAAACGAUUGUAAAAUGCGCACCGUUGUCGAUCCGUCGUUCCCUUUUUAAACUCGGAUCGGUAAUUGAUAUUCGUACACCAAACGCUAACCGCUGUGUCUGCACAUUAAGCUCGUCGUCGCUUGCCAGUAUUGCUCUUCUGUAUUCUCGCAUAAUUCUAACUCAUGACAGCAAUUAUUAAAGUUUUUACAAGUGUGAAAGA